AGUGUAUCUCUGAGCGUAACUCGGAAACGAAAAGAUGUGGCGCACCUUAGACUGCAGCACCCUGAGAGCCUUGCGCCUUCGUUCCUUCCUCUUCACCUCAUCUUCUCUAGCUUCCGCUUCCACCUCUUGCUCACUCACCAACAUUUCUUCCUCCUCUUCCUUCGCCACUGUCGCCACAAUCCUCGCCCACUCUUUUCUCCCCGUUCCCCCAACCACGCGCCUUUCCUUCGCCCACUCCCGCCAUCUCGGCUCCGCCCUCGUGCGCUGCGUCUCCUCCCUCCCCACACUCGACUGGAACGACGCCGUUUCCUGCUCCGAGGUCGACGCUGAACGCAGCGGCGAUGGAACCGUCGACCAAGACACCAAACCUUCUAUUCCUGUCAGAGCCUUCUUCUUCUCUACUAGUGUUGAUUUAAAAAGCUUGGUGGAACAGAACAAACCAAACUUUGUCCCACCAUCGUCACGGAUGACUAAUUAUGUAGUUCUCAAGUUUGGUGAUAUUUGUGAUUCCAAGGGUCCAGGUGUUUUCUUGAGUGGAAGCAAUGGUUGUUACUUGGUGGUUUUUCAGUAUGGCUCCAUUGUAUUGUUUAAUGUCCCUGAACAUGAGGUUGAUGGCUAUUUGAAAAUUGUUAAGAAGCAUGCAUCUGGUCUUCUUCCUGAAAUGAGAAAGGAUGAGUAUGAAGUUAGAGAAAAACCAGCUUUAAGCACAUGGAUGCAAGGUGGACUAGAUUACAUAAUGUUACAAUACUUGAACAUUGAUGGAAUUCGAACUAUUGGUAGUGUUCUAGGUCAAAGUAUUGCUCUUGAUUACUAUGGUCGGCAGGUUGAUGGAAUGGUUGCAGAAUUUACAGACAUAAACCGUGAGAUGGAAGCAACUGGGAAAUUCAAAAUGCAAAGGAAGAAGCUUUUCCAGUUAGUGGGCAAGGCAAAUUCAAAUCUUGCUGAUGUGAUUCUAAAGCUUGGACUAUUUGAGAGGUCAGAUAUUGCUUGGAAAGAUGCCAAAUAUGCUCAGAUAUGGGAAUAUCUUAGGGAUGAAUUUGAAUUAACUCAGAGAUUUGCAAGUCUUGAUUUCAAGUUGAAAUUUGUGGAGCAUAAUAUCCGUUUUCUACAAGAAAUUCUUCAAAAUAGGAAAUCCGAUUUCCUAGAAUGGCUCAUUAUUGCAUUGAUUGGUGCUGAAAUUCUUCUGUCUCUCUAUGACAUUGUUCAACGGUCUGCCAUGAAAUUUUAGCAGCAUUUUUUUCCUGGUGGCAUUUAAGAUUAGCAUGCCUCUGAAGGAUCGUGGCAUACUAGCACUCGGUGCUACUCAUUUUAGUUUAGAUGUUGGUGGCUCAUGCUAAUACAUUCCGUCUCUUGUAAAUAACAAUUUUUAACCCUUUAAACUCAGUUCUUUACUAGUCAUUAGUAUAAUUUGUGUGGAAUAAUAUCGCUGACUGAAAACUACACCUGCAUGUUUUGUUGUAAUAUUUUUGUCUAUUGCAUCAAUUAUUCAUUCUGUUCAAUUUUGAGAACUCAGGCAGUUGCCUA